CCUUCUCGUACUGGCGAGUAAGUCUAAGGAUCAAUUAUGUUGUAUCGAUCAAUAGAAGUGAUAUGAGGAUAAAUAAACCUACUAUCGUAGUUGAUAUGUAUCACCGGCCCAAAGAUAUCUGGGGUAGCUGAACUAUAAGUAGUGAAGUGACAUGGUCCACAUCACGUCGAGCCUCGAGGGGACCAUCUUUACCAAAGCAGGCCACAUCAUGCUGAUACAGAGUGCAGAAUUCGUAUGGAGAAAUCUUAAUUCUAUGGAGGUUGGAGUUUCUGGCAGCUGUCAACAGUGCCAUGACCUCGGUAGGUAGCAGUCAGCUGAACCCUCCAUCGGCCCACCAAUCUCGGAUUCACAUUAAUCUCCUUCUCACAUCGUUUCUUCCUUACCAUCGCUAUCGAAACAACCUCACAUACACUCAUCAUCACCGACGACACAAUCAUGUCCUCCGCACACGAGCGCAGCGAGGGCUCCGAACACCCUGGUAAACGCCGAAGAGUUGAUGAGGAUAGCAUGCCGGAGAACGAACAAGCCGCAUUGAUAAAGAGCCUCGAGGAAGAGAACAAAGCCGUGGCGGAGAAAUUGAAGGGAGUGGAGGAGUGCUUAGAGCUAUUCCAGAAGUCUAUCACUUUGUCUUUCGGUAAGGUGAUUGGGGGAGAGGCUGAGUACGACAGACUCAAGAAUGCGCUAGAGCGGACAAAAGCAGAGAUAGCAUCAUUGCAGCUGGCUCCUGCUCAGACAGCGAAAGAAGAAACUCGGCAACAAAAUGUCCUCAAGUUGGUCGAAAAGCACAACUACAGGAUCACAAUACCGAUAACAACUCAUGCUCAAGUCAUGGAGCAUUUCCAACCGCUGGUCACUUUGGUUCGGGAUGUCCACUUCAUGGGGCAGAGUGUAACCAGGUCAUGAUGAUGAGAUCCGAAGCUGUUCCUCAUUACCAGAUCAUCUUCAAAAGGUUUGAACCGACGUGUUCAUCACAAUGAACUUCACUGUCGUUCAGUGCAGGGUAGCGCCGGCCCACAAACCGUGAAGGACAGGGGUUCCGUUGCCGUUGAACCCCUCCACCUCCACCUCCACCAACUCUGCCGUCUU